AUGUAUGCGCAACCACCCCCUCCUAACCCUCAACAAUCCGCACAACGUCCUAUUUCCAACCCACCUCAACCACAAUCACCUUCGACGUCUAACGCUGCAUCAUCUUUGAUACAGCAAAAUUGGCGACCAGUCGGAAUUCACAACGCGCAAGCAGUUCGUCCUUCCUCACCAAGCACUGUACCUCAAAAUAAUUCUAGAUCCCUUAUCUUUCCACCCAGUCAACGGCCCCCUCAAAAUGGUGCAGCACCAGGCUUUUCAAGACCGCCGAUUCCAGUUUCCAGACCCACAUUACAAGGUCAAUCACCUACAACUAUUGCAGCGAUUCAAACACCACAAAGCAAUACUUUCUCUACAGGCUUUCCGGGAUCAAGGCCUCACAUGGUUCCACCAGUAUAUUCACAACCCACAAUUCCCCCUUUAUCAACAACCUCUCAAUAUGCCACUAGACCUUUAAGUCCACCGGGACCAAUGCGUUCACCGCCACAAGGAGUUGAUAUUGAUAAUAUGGUAAAUCAAAUGAAUAAUAUAGGGAUUCAGGAUCAACCUCAGCUUGAUCAACAUUCCAAACCCUCUAAGCAAAAUCGUCCAAAACGAGCUUAUCAUCCAAGUUCAAAUCUUAAUAAUUCUUCAAACAUUUACCCUCAACCUCCUCCUCAAUAUAUGCAACCUACAUCUGUACCAAAUCAACAACCUCAAACCAUGCCCCGUCCUGUUCUUCCAAAUGCUCCUAGAUCCCGAAUUGAUCCCAAUCAAAUCCCGUCACCAGUUGUUGUUCAAGAACAAGAUCAACGUAUAUUUGAGGAACAAGUUUAUAUGACAUGUUCCAAAUCUACUGUACCUUUGGCAAGUACUGAUUUCAGAGCCAUUGAUGAAGGUAUCUCUAAUCCCCGGUUUAUGAGGUUGACAUUAUAUUCUAUACCACACACCGAAGAACUUCUUCAAACAUCUCAUUUACCUCUAGGGGUUAUUUUACAACCUUUAACCAAAUUAAGGGAUGGCGAGGGUCAAAUUGAACUUGUUGAUCUUCAAGAACAAGGACCAGUUCGUUGUCUUCGGUGCAAGGCAUAUAUCAACCCUUUCGUAAUUUUCGUGGAAGGUGGAAAGAAAUUUGUUUGCAAUAUGUGUUCAUUCUCUAAUGAAGUUCCUCCCGAAUAUUUCUGCAUUUUGGAUAUGAACGGCAGGCGGGCAGAUAUAGAUCAACGACCCGAACUGAAAUAUGGAACAGUGGAAUUCACAGUCCCUCAGGAAUAUUGGGCAAAACCACCUGCUCCGUUAUCAUACGUUUUUGCUAUUGAUGUAUCUUGGAAUUCCAUUAAGAGCGGGAUGCUCGCUAAAUGUGUGGAAACUAUUCGUGACAUUCUAUAUAAUUCUCCUAAUAACAUUUCAAGAGGUGGUAAAAUUGGUAUCAUUACAUUCGACAAAGACAUUCAUUUUUAUAAUUUACAGCCACAACUUGAACAAGCUCAAAUGUUAGUUGUUUCUGAUAUCAAUGAUGUUUUUGUUCCAUUGAAUUCCGGACUUUUGGUUGAUCCAAUAGAAUCGAGAACUGUUAUAGAAGGACUUUUGGAAUCUUUACCGACAAUGUUUGUUGAUAAUAAAGCAAUAGAUCCUGUACUGGGAGCUGUUGUUCAAGCAACACAUAUGGCUUUGAAUGAGACAGGCGGAAAGCUUUUAUUAUUUCAAACAGCUCUUCCGACAUUUGGUCCAGGUUCUAUUAAGCAGCGGGAGGAUCCUAAAAUAUAUAAUACUGACAAAGAAAGAUCAUUGUUUAGUCCUCAAGAUAAUUAUUACAAAACGCUAGCCACCAAUUGUGUUGAUUCCGGCAUUUGUAUUGAUUUAUUUUUAUUCCCAAAUACAUAUGUUGAUAUCGCAACUAUUGGAUUAUUAUCAUGCUUGACUGGAGGCGAAACUUAUUAUUAUCCCAACUUUGAUGCCCAAAAAGAUGGUGAAAAAUUUGCAUAUGAAUUGAAACAUAAUCUUACUAGAGAAUUUGGAUAUAAUGCACUUAUGAGGAUUCGGUGUUCAAAUGGUCUAAAAGUUACGGAUCAUUUUGGUAACUUCAAUAUGCGAAACACGACAGAUUUAGAACUUGCAGGAAUUGACAGUGACAAAGCCUUUGGCGCUUUACUUAAGUAUGAUGGUAAGCUUGAUGAAAAAACGGAUGCCUAUAUUCAAUGCGCUCUUCUAUAUACAACUUCAAGUGGUCAGCGUAGAGUGCGAACCCACAAUUUGAGUGUGACAGUUACGCAGCUUUUGGGCAAUGUGUUUAGACAUGCAGAGAUGGAUACAACAGUCAAUUUCUUGGCUAAGCAAGCUGUGUCAAAUACCAUAACAAAACCACUGCGGGAUAUUCGCGAUCAUUUAACAGAUAAGUGUGUUAAAAUACUGAUGGCAUACAGAAGAUACUGCGCAUCCCAAAGCUCUUCUGGUCAGCUAAUUCUUCCCGAAGCUUUCAAAUUAUUUCCUUUAUAUGCUUUGACGAUGUUAAAAUCUAAAGCACUUCGUGUUGGAAAUAAUUUAACCAGUGAUGUACGAGUACAUUACAUGCGUCUAAUAAAAAGCGUUGGAGUUUCAGAAAGUAUUGUCUUGUUUUAUCCGAGACUUUUUCCUGUGCAUAACCUUUCUGAUCAGGUUGGGCAUCCAGAUCAAAAUGGUAGAGUCAAGUUACCACCAUUAAUACGUGUUUCUUAUGCUAGGCUUGAACAUGAUGGCGCAUAUCUUUUAGAAAAUGGGCAGACAUUAAUAUUUUGGUUAGGUAGACAAAUCUCACCUGAUUUUGUUCGCAAUGUAUUUGGAGUUGAUUCUGUUGAGCAAAUAGACCCCAAAAUUAUCAAUCUUCCCGUUCUUGAAAAUCCAACAUCCACGCAAAUUCGUUCCAUUAUAGCAUACUUACAGUCACAGAGACCCAAAUAUUUAAGUUUGAAGAUUGCUAGAAUGCAAAUAGAUCCUUCAGAACUUGAAUUCAAUAGUUUAUUGGUUGAAGAUGAGAACAAUAAUGCAAUGUCAUAUGUUGAUUAUUUGUGCUACAUUCACAAACAAAUUCAAUCAGAGGGGUAG